AUAAUUAAGAGGGGAUCGUGUUGAUCGGUGUGCGUAGCUCCCAUUCUACGUGUCUCUGUAAAAACGAACGAGCGCGAGCGUAGUGGCUGGAACGAUUUACGUAGCAGACUUCGUUUGUCAGUAAGGUCUCGCGUUGUAAUUCAUGCCGUCACUCGGUUUAAUAUUUUUUUUUAUAUGUCACUCGUGAGGUCGCGAUACGCGGGGGACAAGGUUCGCGAGGUCACAAGACCUAGGGUUCUAUAGGGAAAUAUAUUCUCGCAAAUGACGUUCGCUCGUUCGUCAGGCACCAGAGCAGAAGCCAGGCCAAGCGAGGGGAUUGACAGUGGAGAAGAGUCCUGUCAAGAGUUCUCAAGAUUCCUUUAAAUUCCUAAGGAUUUAUCAAGAUGGCGCAGAGUUUUGCUACGUGCUACAUGGACUUGUGCAAGCAGCAGAGGCUGCGUCCACUUCCGGUGAUAUGCGUCACUCUGCCCCAUCAUCUCGACUUUACGACGGAUCGAGUCAAGAUGGACGACUGGGGUCCUAUUCUGAAUUCCCUGUCGCUCGAUCGUACCCUGAAGUCCAUCAGCGUGCGCAGCAGAUACCAAUGCCGGAAGCCUCUGGAGGAAGUCAACUCGGAGGAUAAGGCCCGGGCGAUUGGAAAAGCUCCAGUGGUCUUGACCCGUUUCCUUCUGGAAUGGCUGUCGCACAGCGUGGCUCAGUGCGUCAGAAAUUCAGUGGCCCUGACCAGCCUCGAGCUCGAGGGUAUACCGUUUCCUGCGGAUUGCCUUGCGGUCCUGAGCGUGGGUCUCGCCUCCAGCCAGAGCCUGGAGCAUCUGUCCCUGCAGAGAUGCUACAUCGGCGACGGAAGUUGUCAGCUGAUUUGUCGCACCAUAGCCGACGUCCGGAGCAUCAGGUCGCUCAAUCUGGCUCAGUGCGACCUCAGUUGUCAGAGCGGCGCUGCGGUGGCUGCUGCCCUGUCAAGGCAGAAGCUGUCGCUGUACCAUGACACUUGGAAGCAGUCCCUGAGGUAUCGUGAACCGAACCUAGAAGCGAUGCCAGGAUUGCGACGACUCACUCUCAAUGGGAAUCCGAAACUCGGGGACGUCGCCGUGAAGGAAGUCCUCGAGGUGGUCAGGGACAGCUUGUGGCUGAAGGCGUUGGACCUUCAGAGCUGUGGUCUUACCGAUUCAACCGGAUAUGACGUACUCUCUAUACUGGGUAGCAACACCACUCUGACAGUGGUGGAUGUCCGAUUGAACGGGAUGAGCGAGGAGUUGAUAAAGGAAAUUGCUGCCAAGUUAGAGAGCAACAACGCCAGCGGCAGGUCAGAGUAUCGCUGGCUGGUUUUGCCUCAGAAAGAUAAGAGAACCGCGUCGGCCGGUGCCAAGAGAAAUGCUUGGGAGAAAAAUAAAAAGAUCGAAGGCACCAGACCGAAGACUGCGAACGGUCCGACCAAGAGGACUUGUCAGGCAAUUCUGCCAAGAAGGAUCAUAACGUUGCCAAAUUUACCCAGGAAGCCGAGAACGGUUCCAGCGCCACCUUCGACGCCGAGUCAGGAAUCUGAGCUGGAAUCGGCGACGAAGUCUCAAGAAAAUCAAGCGAAGCCGACCUUGCACCUAGAUCUUCAGUCGCAGAUUUGCCCAGCAACGAGCAUGGAGGUGCAGGAUGAACCGGAGAACAAGGUAACGGAGCGAGAAAAAGAUACGAAUAAGAUCGAGGAGAUACUGCGGCAGUUGUCCGAAGCAAGAUCGGAGCACGAGCGUCUCCUGGAGGAUAUCAAGAGGAACGACCUUCUUCUUGAAGAGGAAAGAAUGCGUAGAGAGUUGGCCGAGGCGAAGCUUCAGUCAACCAAGAACGACCUCCUGGACCUGGAGAAUGCUCUCAAGGAAAAGGAAAUGGAGACUCGCGGCUGCCUGUUGGUCAGCCAGGAAUCGCUCAACGAAAUUUGUUCGUCGUUCGAUCAGCUCCUGGAGAUGCUCGACGCGGUCACGAGGCACCCGAAUACCUCGAGGACGGUUCUGGAGGAGGACGUCGUGAGGAUGGACAUAAAGAGGCAGGUGGCUCGGUUGAUACGUAAAACAAAAUCGGAGAAUCUGGAGAGAGGAUAUUCGUACGAUCGUCAACCGGAGUCAUCGGCGAGGAUAGUCGAGACGUCCCGGAAGUUCGUGAGAUCUGAGCACGACGUGAGGUCUUCGCUUCCGCCCAUAGCGCCGAUACACAUCGAGAGAAAGAUCGGCGACAGUCCGGACGUCGAGACCCCAACGCAGGAGAGUCGCCGUCGUCGGGGAAAAGUGAGCGACAUCCCUUCGCCGCGCGAGAGGGCGCGAGCGAUUUUCGCUCAGAUCAUAAAUGGCGACUCGGUACUGAAUCUUGGCUCGUACGUCAGCUGAUUCCGGAGUCGCACGUGGAAGAGAGAGAAGAUGAGGGAAGAGCGUGCGAGUCGAGUUGUACGGAGAAAAAAUUCCUAGCAAAGUCCCCUUGUCUCGUUCGAAGCGCGUUACCUGGAGCAUCCUGGCCUGUGGUCAAAGGUAAUUUUUCAUGACAGAGCAUUCACGGCUCCGCUCGGCUCGCGGGAGCCAGUGCUUCGUCCCAGCCGACGGUUCACGACGUUCAGCAGGACGUAACGAAGAUCAAACGUGGUAACGGCUCCUCUCUGCUGCCCGAUUAUCCACGAAGUGUAUAUCUCUCCUUUGUUUACACGCUCCCCUUAGUACGAGCGAAUAAAAAAUGAAAUGCAUUCCACUCGAAUUCACCGGAAGCGACCAACGAGAGAGAAUCGGUAAGUCGCGAGCUUCGAUUUUUCACCGUGCGACCUCAGCUGCACCUGCACCCGACUCUCACGUGUCAAGCGUCACUCGCGACACGAACGCGCCGACCAAUCGUCAGCGUCCUCACGACCGAGCCUGGCUCGAUCUGAUAUUCGAGCCCA